UUUGUACGUGUUCCCAACAAUUCUUCAAUGUCUACGCCAUCCACCGAUUGAGUCUGUCUAGCUGGACUGAGCGGGGAUCCAGUGCUUUUUCUUGAGCAGCACAUCAUGGCAAGUCUUGUGCUUCCCGCUCAUGAGUCUAGCUGACCAUCCUCCUCGCAGUCUGCAGGCACAGCGACCCUUGCUAAACAGCUUCGGCAGACACAGUCCGCUCCUAAUCAAAGGACGACACCUGGACGAGAUGUCAAGAUUCACAUGGCGCUGCCAACCGCUUCGGCCAUGCUGCUAGGUCUGGCAUUACGUGGAGGGGGAUGGGUCGUACGUUGGACAAGCUCAGGUGCCGCCAUCUUGAGCAUCAUGAUCUUGUUUGGGUCUGCCAACGGGUACCGUGUCUUGCCCUUUGUCCCUUUGUACGCUUUACUCGCUACAUUCAACUUGGCCUACUCGAUCGCAGCUACCUCUUGGAUCCUCUGGUGGCUUUUUGCCAUCAUGUGCUAUCCUACCAUCUUGGUCGUCUCGGUUCUCCAGUUUGAUUUCAUGGCGACUUUCUUGAGGAGAUCACUCCGAUUCGUUCUCAAAGAGCUAUCGUUCGUCAAAGACAUGGUGGCUUUAUUCAACGUACCGGGCCUAGCGAUAGAUGUGGACGUAGUCGGUCUCAUGGCCAUUCGAGGCUUGACAUUACAGUUGUCCAGUCUGACAGUCAUCGCUCAUGAUGUCGAAGUGGGGAUCAAACUCACAGACGAAUUGGAAAUUUCCAUCGUGACGGAUCGAGUGGAAAUUCACCUACUACGAGACAUCAUCAUCGGAGACUGUUAUGCCAACGUCAAAGAAGGUACAGAGAGAAGCCUUCACAAAGUCCUAGAUGAAAAAGCUGUCCGACCUCAUCUACAUCGAAAUGCCUCGGACGCCACGGAAGAGGUGCUCAAACCGAUCCGACAGAUGAAAGCCCUAUCACCCGAAGACUCUCACGCCGACGAGUUCCAAAAGAUGAUCGAUUGGAUCGAAGAAACGGGCAUGAUUGAACAGUCUCGUCGGGCCGUUCUAGCAUCUGUGGAGGUACGCGCGAGAUCCAACGACGAAGAUCUGGUCAAUGUUGACAAGAUCAAGGAACUUCGCGCGGCCAUAUGUUCAAAAAUGCAAGCGGGUCAAACCGUUCCUCAUCCACCUUCGACGUCGAUCAAAGUCAGUACGCUGAAACAGAUGAUGCCGCCUAAAAUCGAACACUAUCUCAUGCGAAUGCCUCUGUUGCUUCGACUCUUACUCAACCCUAUCGCUUAUCUCCAUCCUGUCAAAGUGUCUUCCAUCACUGCUGCAGGAUCCGGUCGACAUAUCGCCAAAAUGCUCGAUCAAUUCGUCUUCAAGGGGCGUACGGGAGAGGACGGAGAAUUGGGCAGACUGUACAAACGGAUCAACGAGUGGUUGUGCGACGCCAAUUUCAUCGUGGAACUCGUCGAUAUCUCUGGUCUCGCCUCGGUCCCCAUCAUCACAUCUUACGAUAUCAUGGCGUUGCUUCAAGUUGAGGACAUUGUCGCUUCCCGCAUGAUUGACAAGAAGGAAGAAUCUGAACAAGUGUGUAGGUUCGGAGGCGGCGAUGCGUCCUUCCUCGUCCCUUCCUAUCUCUUACCUCACCAUCAACAUUUACUUCCUCGGAAAGCCACGCGGGCCCAGGAGGCCGACCUUAUCCGAGCUGUGGAUACGGCCGACGACAAGCUCGACAAGGUCAUCGCUGAAGGAGCCCUGGAGCAAGCGGAAAACGACGAGACCAACGUCAAGAUGAGUGCACAUAUAAGUCUACCUGUGGCUUUCUCUCAAGACGUUUUGGACUUUAUCGCCGCACUCGUCAAGGCUAGUAAGCUGGUCGAGAUGGAGUCCGAGAUGGAAGGUGUCCACGGUCUGAAAGUCAUCUCGAAAGGUCUGAAAGAGAGUAUCAAAAAGACCACGGUGGAGAGUAUCGUUAAUGAUUCUUGGAUCGCUAAAAUGGUAGGCAAGAUUACCAAAAAAUUGGAAGAGGCCAAGGGGGAUAUAGGCUACAGUGGAAAUAUCCCGGUUCAAUUGAAAAAGUACAGGUUACCGGAUAACGAUCCAUUGAUGAAGAAGAUCUUGCCUUAGGACAGAGAGGCCUAGUAUAGAUAGGGUAUGGAAUGUCCUUGUUGGGGGUU